CGUCCAGGCCCCCGGCGGGACCGGGCACUGGAGGUUGGGCAAGGGGCGUCCGGAGGGAGGACGAGGACGUUGUCGGGAGCCCCCGGAGCUGGAGGCGGAGGAGCCCCGGACGAAAUUGGGCUGGGAGAAGCGCCGGGCGUCGGAAACGGGUAUCGGGGAGGCAGGCUUGGGUCCGAGCCUCGGCCCGUACCCAGAGGCCGGGAAGGGGCUGCGGCCCACAGGGAAGGACCGAGGGGGCGCGGUGAGCUGGCCUGGAAGCCCAGCAGCCCGUUUGGCGGGAAGCCCCCGGGGGAACAGGAGAAAGUGACUCGGAGCGAGUGACCUUGUGUGGGACAAAUGCAAAUGCUUGUGCUAAACUCUCCCGCGUUCCCCCAUCCCACCCCACCCCCGCCUUGUUUCCACAACUUCUCUGCCUCACUUGUGGCUCCUUCCAGGGCUGGAGCAGAGGAAGGUGGGCGAAGAGAAGCCCGGGAUCGACUUCAUCUUAACUCUGUCUUGGCCUUUUGAGGCAUUGGAUGGUGGCUGCUUCUUUCUCAGCUUUUGGACUUUUCUGUCCAGCGAAGUGAGGACCCUAAAGUCGUGCGUGAGGUGCCUUGAGGUGUUUUGGUGUUGCACUGGGACUCCUGGCAAAGAAAUUGGAUGAACCUCCGGGAUGCUGAGACAGGGAAGAUACUGUGGCAAGGAACAGAAGACCUGUCAGUCCCUGGAGUGGAGCAUGAAGCUCGUGUUCCCAAGAAAAUCCUCAAGUGCAAGGCAGUGUCUCGAGAAUUGAACUUCUCUUCAGCAGAGCAAAUGGAAAAAUUCCGCCUGGAACAGAAAGUUUACUUCAAAGGGCAAUGCCUAGAAGAGUGGUUCUUCGAGUUCGGCUUUGUGAUCCCGAACUCCACAAACACCUGGCAGUCCCUGAUAGAGGCAGCGCCCGAGUCCCAGAUGAUGCCCGCCAGCGUGCUAACUGGGAAUGUUAUCAUAGAGACAAAGUUUUUUGACGACGAUCUUCUUGUAAGCACAUCCAGAGUGAGACUUUUCUACGUUUGAGAGAAGAAUGUGUGUGCAUUUCAAGAAUUUGGGUUUUUGGGGGGAAAGGAGGAAACUGUUUACUUUUUUCCUCCACACAUUUGGUUUUUGACACUUCCACCCCUAAUUCCCUGUACGGCAGAACCCACCUGUGGCCACCAGGGGACCAGUUCUGUGUAGGUAACCAGAUGGCUGUUAACUCCUGAGCCGCCAUCUUCCACUGACCAGACUCAACUCCCAACCCCAGACCAGGGCAGAGGGUGAGCCUUGACUCCUUCCCAGGGUGACACGGGACAGACGCUUACCACGAGAGCCACUGCUGUUCCCGCCCCCGCCCUGCCUCCUCCUUGGGCCCCGCAGGCAACACAUCUUCCUUUGGCCCCUGGUUUUGGAAAAAUUCAUAUUCCUGACCUAUGUUUAGUUUUUUUCCUACCAUUUCUAUUUCAUACAUUCUCAUACGUUUAACUUGUAAAAUAGACUGUGAUAUUAUUAUUACAUAAUGAAUUAAAACAUAUGAAUUAAAAUAUUCCUGCAGUCUUUA